GCUGAGCUUCUUCUCUUCCAAUCUUGCUGGAUUUUUUUAAGAGUCUGUUCCAGCAGGGAAGUGAAAGAUUCAGGCUUUAAUCCAGUAAAUCACUCGGACAGAGAAACAGAGCGAUCUGCUCUCUGGAUGGAGAAACGCUGCCGCAGAAUGAGGAGUCUGGGUUUGAACUUUGCCAUCACCUGUUUGUGGCUCCUUCCCUGGACGGUACAAGAGUCUUUAAAGCCUCUAGACCUGAAAAGUGACCAGUGGAGGGAGGGUGAAGCAGCAGGAGGACAAGAUGCUGAUGGAGCAUCUUUGAAGGUUAAACACGUCUCCAAAGACUUGCAGAUCAUUUCCACCAAACACAAAACGCCCACUUACGGUUCACUGGGUCCCUACGGCUGGCCCCAGAACUUCUCACAGGCCCCCGACCAGUUCCUGUACCGGCCGCCUCCUCCCAAAUCCAAGAGUCCCGCUAAAACCUCCCCCAAGGCCAAGAAGAUCCUGGGCUGGGGGGACUUCUACUUUAACGUGAAAACCAUGAAGUUCAGCCUCCUAGUGACGGGGAAGAUCGUGGACCACAUCAACGGAACCUUCAGCGUCUACUUCCGUCACAACUCGUCCCGUCUGGGCAACAUAUCCGUCAGCAUCGUCCCACCAUCCAAAGCUGUGGGAUGGGAGGUUCUGGAUAGCCCGGCUCAGAGCAGCCAGAUCAGAAACUCAGUCGUGUUUCCGAACCUGACAUCCCAACUCUCCAGCCCCCCUCAGUCCACCAGCUCUGCUCCCCCCGAUCAUCAGAAACCCCAGAGGGACGUGAUGAUGGUGACUGAACUCAACUGUCGUAUAGAGUACCAGAGAACCAACCGGUCCAAGAAGACCAAGCCCUGCAUGUAUGACCCGGGACAGACCUGCUACUCUGAGAACACCCAGUCCCAAGCUGCCUGGAUCUGCGCCAAGCCCUAUAAGGUCAUCUGCAUCUUCAUCGCCUUCACCGGCACCGACUACAGGCUGGUGCAGAAAGUCUGCCCGGAUCACAACUUUCAGGCAGAUCCAAACCAGCAGCACCUGGGAUGAUGAGCUCAGAGACUCUGGAACUGUUUAUACUGUACAUUCCUCAUGCAUCCAUCAAAAUCUCAUCUUUAAACAGCAAAGACUAAAAACUUAAAACACGCUGAACAAAACAACUGCAGUUUGAACCAAAACCUUCACAUCAGCAACAUGAAACUGCUCUCAUCGGCCCAAUUAUCAAGAACUUUUAGACAAUAAGUUUUCUGCUGAAGCUGUUCCACUUAAAAUUCACCAACAUGAAUCACUGAUUUCUUUUGACAAUCUCUUAGUCAGUCACUCAAAGAAAACCCUGUACAUAUUUAGAAACGUUUCUUUUAUAAUUAUUAACAAAAACUGACUUCAAGUGUAAAUUAUUUAUUUAGCAGUUUUAAAGUGCUUACUUUUUGGAUGUUUUUCUCUUUAAAGAACUCCUUCAGUCUGAGAUAAAAAA